GGUUAGAGGGAGCCACCAUGAAGAUUACAGGUGCUGUCUUUUCCCUGCUGCUGGUCGUGGCCCUGUGCAGCCAGUAUGCUGAAGGCUGCCUUGGAUUUUACGUCACUUUCACUGUCCUGGUAUUACGGAAUCCUGUGCUGCUAGAAAUGGACCUCUCCAAAUAUGGACCUACUCCAGCUGAGAUUCAAGCCUUCAAAAAGAUACAGGAGUGUUAUCAAGAAAAUUCCUUCAAAAAACGUUAUUGGAUGCAUCACUCCUAACAAACACCAGCCUAAGUCGUGAAUGCUUGGAAAGACUAAACCUACCUUCGUUUAGCAUGAAUAACGAACCCCUGGGUUUCCUCUAGACAACAUCCAAGUAACUGCCAGUUCUGCUCACCUCACACCUACUCUGGGCCCAGCUCAGCUCCUAUAGAGAUCCUAGGCCACAAGAAGUCCCCCAGCAGGGAUGAUCAUAGACCCUGAUGAUUCUAAUAAAGCAAAUGUGCCUCAAA